AUUAAUUGUAACUACACGAGACUUAAUUUAUUGUUCAUAUACAAAUUUUAUAUAAUGGGUCCUUUAACUACAAGAGUUAAAUAUACUUUUCAUUCUCUUUGUACAAUUGCUGUAAGAGCAUUAUCUACCAAUGCAAUGUUAAAUCCAAAAAAUGAUGUAAAAGUAGUACUUAAGUAUUUGGAUGGAAAAGAUAAUGGUAUUGUAGUAUUAGGAUUAAAUCGACCCACUGCUUCUAAUGCUCUUGGCAAAACUUUAACUAGUCAACUAAAUGAUGCUAUUUCUUCCAUCAGAGAAGAUACAAAAUUGCGAGUAUUAAUUAUUCGCAGUUUGGUUCCAAAAAUUUUCUGUGCUGGUGCAGAUUUAAGAGAAAGAAGAAGGAUGGAUAAUUCAGAAAUUUUAAAAUUUGUUUCAUUUUUAAGAAGUAUAACAAAUAGUAUAGAGACAUUACCAACUCCAGUAAUAUCUGCUAUAGAUGGUACUGCAUUAGGUGGUGGCUUAGAACUUGCUCUAGCUACAGAUAUUAGAGUUGCAACAUCAGAUUCCAAAAUGGGACUUGUAGAAACAAAAUGGGCUAUUAUUCCUGGAGCAGGUGGCACACAACGACUUCCAAGAAUAAUUGGAAUUGCUAAAGCAAAAGAACUCAUUUAUACUGCACGUAUAGUUGAUGGUGAACAAGCUAUGGAAAUUGGUUUAAUAAAUCAAGUAGUUCCUCAAAAUAAAAGUGGUGAUGCUGCUUAUCAAACUGCUUUAACAAUUGCCAGAGAAAUUUUACCUAAUGGCCCUAUUGGAGUUAAAAUGGCAAAAACAGCAAUGUCGAAAGGUCUUCAAGUAUCUAUUACAGAUGGACUUGAAGUUGAAAAACAAUGUUAUAAUAAAGUUGUGGAUACAAAAGAUAGAAUUGAAGGAUUAGCAGCAUUCAUAACAAAACGUAUACCUGUUUAUCAAGGAAUGUAAAUAUAUCAAAAUGAAAUAUUGAAAUAUGAAUGUUUUACAAAUUUGUUACGCUUAAUUAUUAACAUAUCAAGAAUAUGCAUUUUAAUAGAAACUAAAUGUAGGAAAUACGCUAUUCUUUUACUACAUUUUUAUAAUAUGACUAAUUUUGAUAUACAUGUUUA